AUGCCCGAUGUUGUUGCUAAUCAUGUCGAUGAUUAUUUAUGUACAUCAUUUGAAAUGAAUAAAGAUAAAACAACAUAUAUAACUGCAUUUAAUCCAUCGGCUACAUCAAAAGAUGCUCAUCAUAUUUUACUUUUUGGAUGUACCGAACCAGGAAGUGAAAAAAAAAUUUGGAAUUGUGGUGAAAUGGCAAAUACAGAUGACUCUUCUGCAGAAAGUUAUGAAACAGCACCAACAUGUGCUUCAGGCUCGACUAUUAUAUAUGCUUGGGCAAUGGAUGCUGAAAAAACUGAAUUACCUAAAGAUGUCGCUUUCAAAGUUGGUGGUUCAACCCCAAUUAAAUAUCUUGUAUUACAAGUUCAUUAUGCAAAUCUUGACAAGUUCAAAGAAGUAUUUGAAGUUGCUUGCAAAAUUCGACAAGAUAUUGUAAUGCAUCCAUUUGCUUUUCGAACUCAUGCACAUAAAUUAGGUCUCGUUAACUCUGGUUAUCGUGUACGUGGUAAGAAUGAUGAUCAAGAAUGGACUGAAAUAGGUCGACGUUCACCACAAUUACCACAAAUGUUUUAUCCAGUUCAAAAAGAUAUAACUAUUCAACAAGGUGAUUAUGUUGCAGCUGCUUGUACUAUGUAUAAUACAAAUUCACAUAUUGUUGAAAUUGGUUCAACUGGUAGUGAUGAAAUGUGCAAUUUUUAUAUGAUGUAUUGGGUCGAUGGUGACCAAUUAUUGGAUGAAGAUGUUUGUACAAGUCCUGGACCUCCACAAUAUUAUUUUGGCCGUGAUCGACAUUUAAAUGUUGACAAAAUUCCUGAAGAUGCAUUUCGUAUUCCACCACCACCAAAUGGUCCAGCACCUGGUGAACCUUUACAAGGUGGUCAUCAUAUGAUGAUGCAACAUGAAGAACGACCACGCAAAAAACAAUAUCGUUAUCGAUCUAUCAAGUAG